AUGAACAAGCAGACAAUGUUCCGGACUUUGAUCGUGGCAGUGCCGGUAGGCGUGGCAGCGCUGGCAGCGGCAUAUUUUUACCGGGGAUCCCUUCUACCGCCCGCUCAGGAAGCUGUUGAAGCCGCUUCUGCACCCGCAGUGGGAGAAGACAAGACCGGCAAGGUCGAAAAGCAGACAACGUCCGUACCGAUCGGCGUUGAGACUGGCGACAGCCAGCAGGAGCAGGAAACUUCCGCGCAAACAGACACACCCCAGGCGACUGAGCAGGCGCCGGUUGAAGGCCCCAGUUUUGAUGUUGUCGGGGUCGAGCCGACUGGUGAAACCGUCGUGGCGGGACGUUCCGACGCGGGUGCCAUCGUCGCUUUGACUGCCAAUGGCGAGGUUGUCGGCAAGAGUAUCGCCAAUGAGGCGGGUGAGUGGACAAUCAUUCUUGAGGAACCGCUGAAGCCAGGCGACUAUGACGUCGGGCUGGAAGUCCAUGAUGAAAAAGGCGAUGCCAUCGAGGAGUCAGGUCAGCGGCUUGCCGUAUCUGUCCCUGAAGACGGCCAGGAAAAGCCACUGGUCGUGCUCAACGAUUCCGAGGGGCCGUCUGAUAUUCUGCAAAAACCGAAGACGGAAAUACAGGUUGCUGAUGCUGACGCAACCUCACAAACACAAGCUGUUGCAAACCAGUCCGCGACAGCCACGACAAGCAAGCGCUCUGCAGACGGUGACGAUACCGUUAUCGCUGCCUUGCCCAAGACUGCCGUGGAGGACAAUACCGGCGAAUCCCGGUCUUCACAGCCUGCCGAGCGGCAGCCUGUUCAAUCGGAAGGUGGUGCCGAUGGCCAAACCGCGGGAAGCGUCGAGGCAGGAUCUGGCGCACAGGCACCAUCUGUUGAGGUGGCAGCCGAAGAGCAACCUGCGACGCCUCGGAAUUCUUCCGACACCGCCGAAGGAACCGACGUUGCUGUCUUGAACGAAGGCCAGGCCGCGGCGGCUGAUGAGAAUGUACCCGGCCGGGAGCAGGCAUCUGCAACGGGCACGGGGCAGGCGGUGACAACAGCACCGGAAAAUGCAGAAGGUCAGGGCGGGGCGCAGGCUUCGAAUCCUGCCGGCACCCCGCAACCAAAGCCGGAAGCGGAAGGUACAUCGGUAACUGCGAGUGCUGGCAGCGCUCAGACCCGGACCGAAACAGACGCUGGAGUAGGGAGCGGGACUGUUCAGCAACCGUCGUCCAGCACGGCAUCUGCUGACACCGUCACCGGCUCGCAGCAACCUGCAUCAUCUCCGGAUGUAACGGUUGAAGCGGUCGAAUCAGAACCGGACAAGGUCUACAUCGCGGGAACCGGCAAGCCGGGGUCCUCGGUUCGUGUCUAUGUUGGCGAAGACUUUCAGGGAGAAGCGAAAGUCAAUUCCAGCGGCAAAUGGCUGGUCGAGGGCACCAAGAAUGUUGCCGAAGGGAAUGUGGAAGUCAGGGCCGACCUGAUUGCAAAAGACGGAAACACUGUGGAUGCGCGGGCAGCCGUGACCUUCGAAAAGGAACAGGACAAGCAGAUUGUUCUGACCAAGGUCGUGGCCACCGGUGCAGGCAGCGGGCAGGGGAGCCAGGGCGCGGACGUCCAGAAGUCUCUUCCAGUCGUCAUAAUCCGCAAAGGCGACAACCUGUGGCGCAUUUCGCGGCGGCUCUAUGGUGAUGGUGUUCGUUAUACGACGAUCUACCAGGCGAACCAGGACCAGAUAAGAGAUCCCGACCUGAUCUAUCCCGGGCAGGUGUUCCUGACCCCUGAAGGCGAUCUGAACUGGCCGGACAGGCCGAUGAGCGAGACGGAAUGUCCGUCGACAAACGACAACAGGAAGUGCCUGUCGAAUUGUGAGGAGCUCGCCGCAAUCUUUCGUGCGCUCGGCCAUCCGGCGCGCAUUGCAAUCAUCAAGCAGCUGGCCACGCAGGAAGAGGCUUGCUGCGGCGAGAUCGUAAAUCAUCUUCCCCUGGCUCAGUCGACCGUCUCACAGCACCUGCAGGUACUCAAGGAUGCCGGACUGUUGAUCUGCGAUGCCCGGGGCCGAAAUUGCCACUAUCUCUUGAACCGCGAGAAACUGAAGCGGGCGGAGCAUUGCUCGAAGGAAUUCUGGCAGGAUCUCAAUUCUCUGAAACCGUUGCCCUCUGACGCUGCCGUGCCGGUGACACUCAAAAAAGACUGCUCUGCCGAUGCGGCUGCAGGCAGCCAAAGCUCCCAUUCUCAAAAGGUCGUCAGCGCGGACGAGGGGAGCACGUUUGAGACACUUUCCAAUCUCUGGCCGUAUAUCUGGCCUUCCGAUCGUCCGGAUCUCAAACGUCGUGUUCUGCUUGCUGUUUUCGCCCUGAUCAUCGCAAAGUUCAUUACGGUUCUGUCGCCCUAUUUCUUUGCCUGGGCAACCGACGCAUUGACGGGCGAAACCGCCGGACUUCCUUCCUUUCUGGUCGCCCCGGUCAUGCUUGUGCUGGCUUACAACGCAGCCCGUGUCCUGGCGGUCGCCUUCAACCAGUUGCGCGAUGCACUUUUUGCGAGGGUCGGGCAACAUGCCGUGCGCCAGCUCGCGAUCAUGACUUUCCGGCACUUGCACAGACUUUCCCUGCGAUUCCAUCUGGCACGCCGCACAGGCGGUCUCAGCCGGGUUAUCGAACGCGGGGUCAAGGGUAUCGAGUCGAUUGUCCGCUUCACGAUCCUGAAUGGCGUUCCCACCGUAUUCGAAUUCGCCAUCAUGGCGGCUGUCAUCUGGUACCAGUUCGGUUUCUUCUAUGUCGUGAUCGUGGCAGUGAUGAUCGUUGCCUAUGUCUGGUUCACCAUCAAAUGUUCGAACUGGCGUAUCGAAAUUCGCCGGGAGAUGAACGACAGCGAUACGGAAGCCAAUUCCAAGGCAAUCGACAGCCUGCUGAAUUUCGAGACGGUCAAGUAUUUCGGCAACGAAAAAAUGGAAGCUUCGCGCUUCGACGCCUCGAUGGCGAAAUACGAAACGGCCGCGACAAAAACCUGGACAUCACUUGCCUGGCUCAACCUGGGUCAGACGGUAAUACUCGGUUUCGGCAUGGCCGCCUGUAUGGCCCUGUCGGCAAAGGCGGUGAUGACCGGUGAGCAGAAUAUCGGUGACUUUGUCCUGAUCAACGCGCUUUUGAUGCAGAUCUCCAUACCGUUGAAUUUCAUCGGUUUUCUCUAUCGUGAGAUCCGGCAGGGGCUGGCGGACAUAGAAGCCAUGUUCGACCUGUUGCUGGUUCCUGCGGAAAUAAUGGACAAGGAGAGUGCAGAGCCGCUGAAGGCUGUUGCUGGAAAGAUUGUCUUCAAAGACGUCAAAUUUCACUAUGACGCCGACCGUCACAUCCUGAAGGGCAUCAAUUUCGAGGUGCCGGCCGGAAAGACGAUUGCCAUUGUCGGUCCGUCGGGGGCAGGCAAGUCGACCAUUUCCCGGUUGCUGUUUAGGUUCUACGACGUGACGGACGGAGCAGUGGAAAUCGACGGCCAGGAUGUGCGAGACGUCACGCAGGCGAGCGUUCGCGAUGCCAUUGGAAUGGUGCCGCAGGACACGGUGCUCUUCAACGAUACCAUCGCCUACAACAUCCGCUACGGACGGCCGGAAGCCACUGAUGAGGAGGUUCGUGAAGCUGCCCGAAUGGCGCAGAUCCACGACUUCAUCGAAAAUCUGCCACAGGGUUAUGCGUCUGAGGUCGGUGAACGCGGGUUGAAGCUAUCCGGUGGUGAAAAGCAGCGCGUCGCGAUUGCACGGACGAUCCUGAAAUCGCCGCCGAUCCUUAUUCUGGACGAGGCCGGCCGGAUUGCCGAACGCGGCACGCAUACCGAGUUGCUGGACAAGGACGGUCUCUACGCAUCCAUGUGGGCGCGUCAGCGUGAAGCCGACGAAGCGGAAGAGCGGUUACGGGCCGCUCGCGAAAACGAUGAUCUGGGGAUCGUGACGAGAGGCGUUGACCUGCUGACGGAACGAACCGAUCUUCAGGGCAGCUUCUGCCGCUUCACGGCCUUUCAGCACAAAAUGUUCCCUGUAGAUUUUCGUGUGAUGAUCCGUUUCCUGGAAGUGGUGUGGGGUCAGCGAAACAGACAGGACCGGAACAUCUGUUUCAAGACCAGCCUGCAUCAAACCGCUGACCACCGCCUGAGCGACGAAAUCAUGCCGGUAAAUGCCACCGUCGACGACAAGGGCAGCCGCAGCGAUAGCUGCGUACUUUCCAGUUUGCGCAAGAUUUUUCGCGGCAAGCGGCAUCUCGAACGCACCAGGCACGUCAAACACGUCGAUGCUGUCCGCGGGGAUGACCUGCUGGAAGCCGACGAGCGCCUGGUCGACGAUAUCGGAGUGCCAUCCGGCUUUGAUGAAGGCAUAUCGGGUGUGUGUCAUUGA